GGCAGUAGAGCUGGAUGCAGAGUCCCGGUACCAGCAGGCUCUGGUGUGUUACCAGGAGGGGAUUGACAUGCUCUUGCAGGUUCUGAAAGGCACCAAAGAGUCCAGUAAAAGAUGUGUUCUCAGAACGAAAAUCUCCGGCUACAUGGAUAGAGCAGAAAAUAUAAAGAAAUACUUAGAUCAAGAAAAAGAAGCUUGUGUUUUGCAGAUGGAAAAUAUCACAAGCAAAUUAAAAUAGAAGAGAAUGCAACUGGCUUCAGUUACGAGUCACUCUUUAGAGAAUACCUACACGAGACAGUUACAGAAGUUUGGAUAGAAGACCCUUAUAUUAGACAAACUCAUCAGGUAAGUUUACUAAGAUAGAAUGAAAUGUGACUUUAAAUGUACAGUCAGCUACCUGUGUUUAUGGGUUUCCUACCCACGGAUUCAGUGGAGGAUCAGGGAUAUAGGUAAAAAUUCCAUCUGUACUGAACAUAUACAAACAUAACAAGACAAGGGUAACGAAUGGUGUUUACAUUGUGUUAGGUAUCAUGUAGUCUAGAGGCGAUUUAAAGGGCCCAGGAGGAGGUAUGUGGGUUUUGGGAUGAUACUAUAUUGCUUAAAAUAAGGGAUGGAACCAUGUGUGGAUAUCUUAGUAUCUGGCUAAGGGAGGGUAUCCUAGAAUCAGUUCUCUUAAAUAGUUUUGUUAGACCUUGGAGUUUCCUUCAGGAUACAGUGCUUAUAAAGUACAGUGUUUUAUUUUGCUCCCUGUGCACAGUGCCCAGUAAUUUGCUGUAGAAGCUUAAAUUUAAAACUUCCAUGUAGCUUGCUAUAUUUGGGUCCAUCAUGUGUUUCCCUGUGGAACAGCGCACCAUCUUUACUCAAAUUAUUUUAAUCCACCUCUUUGGUGGUGAGCCCUGAAGAAGCACCACCAGAUGGGGGAGCUCCUCCACCAGGGAGGCCCCCAGGCAUUCCUCCAGGCGUGCCAACAGCUCUGCUACAGCUUGGUAACGAUGGGACUGCAGGCGUUCAGAUUCUUCCUUCUCCGCAGCCUGGUUCGGAUCCGGCUGGCUGAGGAUUAUAGACUCAGUUCUUGCCGGAGCACUGUGAAGCUAGGACUAAUCCACCCUAAUGCCUUUCAGCUCUAUAACUUCCUUCGGUUUUGUGAGAUGCUGAUUAAGAAGCCGUGUAAAGUAAGAACCAUUCACCUUCUCACCUCUGGGUAUGAAGGUUUGGGGAACACACAGCAAAGUAGUGGCCUGGAAGAAAUAAAGCAGUCCCUCGGGAGUCACGGAGUGGUGCUGGAAAUAAACUACUCUUCAUCUAUACAUGACCGAGAAAUUAGGUUCAACAAUGGAUGGAUGAUUAAAAUAGGAAGGGGCCUUGAUUAUUUCAAGAAACCACAGGGUCGUUUUUCUCUUGGAUAUUAUGAUUUAGACUUGAGACCGUGUCAUGAAACAACAGUGGACAUAUUUCACAACAAGCACACGAAAAAAAUAUGAUGUGUAAUGACCUAAGCAUACGUCUCUGCUGUAGGUGACCUCAGCCCAUUUUCUGUUGCUAGAACUGAAUACUACACACUGGAUAAUGUGUAAGGAUAGAGGUUUGGGCUUUGGUAUCUGGAGAGGAUCUUCUUCCUUCUGCAUCCCACAGGGCAUAGUGCAAAAAAGAUGAAGCAGGCUUGUGAGGCAGAGCCUGACACCUCAGAGGUUCCUCCUCUCAACACUGCUGUACUAGGGACCAAGAUUCGAACUCAUGAACUUCUGGGGCCACAUUCAAACCAUAGCAAAGCAAAUAUUGGGUUUGUUUCUCCUUUUUAUUUACUCCAAACAUAUUUUUUAUAAUGUAUGAAUUUAACAAUAAAUGUUUACAUUUCUACUAA